AUGUCGAACGAGAACAAUGAGACACUAACCGGCGUGUGCAGUGAGGACACACCCGUGUUUUGCCUCGCCAGGACGAUAUCUAUUUCAAUCGUUCUCGGUAUCCUCUCUAUAGUGACAGUCAUUGGCAACAUUUCGGUGAUUGCGGCAUACAUCAGGGACUGGCGCAUAAGGUCAUCUGUCGCUAACAUGUUUAUAUUGAAUUUGUCCAUUUGUGAUUUGAUCAUUGGGGCAGUGUCGCUGCCUGUGGAUGCUGCAGCCGUUGUCUUGGGCCGAUGGCCUUUGGGGAAAGUCCCCUGUCAGAUAUGGCUCGUGUUGGACUACACCUCCACCAACGUUGCCGCUAUCACCAUUCUGUUCAUCAGCCUCGAUCGGUACUGGCUGCUGACCAAGAAACUCGCCUACGGUACAUUUCAGACGCACAAACGCGCUGCUACCAUGAUUGCUAUUUCGUGGACGAUCAGUCUGCUGUUUUACACCGUAAUAAAUUUCGCUUGGGAACCUUUGGCAGGGGUUGGGAACGUAGAUUAUAAUGUCGAUUGUGAGCUGGAACCUUAUGACAACAUUCCAUAUAAUGCAUUUGCAUUUGUGGCCGAGUUUGUCAUUCCGCUGUUUAUAACAUCAUACCUUAAUGCGAUGGUUUACAUCAACAUCAGGCGAAGAUCCAAAGGCAUAUUCCGAGUUCAACUAGCUGCUGUGAAGUUACCAAGAUCUCCAGGCGAGAGAGCAGAAAGUAGUGAGAGGGAUCAAAAAGACGUAACACUGGAACUCACCACAAAAAGCCAAGGAUUAGGGCACAACACUGCUCAGGCGCUGCCAGAAGAAAGGAGCGAACCGAGUGAUAAAGGUGCGAGAAAGGAAAUAGAACUAACUCGGGAGGGAGCCUUUAAUAAUCUGGGAUUUGAUGAGCAGAUUGGGGAUACUAAUUUUCAGAUCAAAAAUGCUACCUCCGAUGAGAAGAGAACCGAGGUCAAACCUUCAGGACCGGCCGAAUCUCCGGACUCUAGAAGAUCUCGAAACCACGAAGUCAGAGAGUUCAGGCGUCAUCGCAAAGCUGCCAUUACGCUAUCGGUGCUGGUGAGCGUCUUCAUGGUGUCAUGGCUACCUUUCUACGUCACAUCAAUGAUUACCGCCUUUUGUGGUGACUGUGUCUCCAAUCUUGCAUGGGAUGUGGUGAACUAUCUGUUGUGGUGUAACUCUACGUUGAACCCGUUUUUGUACGCACUCUUGGUUGUACGUUUCCGGGAGAACAUAAUGCAUUUCUUAUGUUUUAGAGCUUGGAGGAACCAAAACGGUCGAAAUUGA